AUGUUUGCCACGACCCCGUACGUGAUUCGGGCCGUCCGAUUAGUGGUCGCGUACAAUCGGAAAUAUCGGCUCAAGUACGCCAGAUUCGUGAAGAGAAAUUAUGCUUUGGGCUUUUGGGCCGUGGGCUGCAUUGGGCUUACCAUCCGAGCCGGGAUAUUCUUCGGGACCGACCCUGCACACUACUCCAGUGACAUGCGAGAGUGUUUCUACUGGGACGACAUCAUGCUCAUGGGAGCAGUACUUCUUUUUGGCGGAGCGCCAAUGUCGUGUUUGGCCAUACGCAUAUCGCGAGUACAUGACGCCUUUAAGCUUCGCGAGGAACUGUGUUUUGUGUUCAUCGGCUGCUCCUGCUGCGUGGCUGUAUUGUGGGUGAUCCAGGUGCUGGUGGAACUGGAACUAUUGUCCGACACAUCCGCACUUCACGUGGUGGUCGAAGUGCAAGCGCUCCUGAUCGGGAUGAACAUUGGACUUUCGGGCUUGCUCCUUCCCAUGGUGAGAGCCCACCGUGGUGGGGUGAAGGCAUGGUUCAGGGCCACUGUGGUUCCUGUCGACGAGACGGUUGCCGUGUCAGCGUUGGAUGUGGAUGGCGUGGUAGGGCUGGCAAGCAGUGGUGGAGAAAUGGCUGAGCAGUUUGGAAAAUUCUGCCGAGAGAACUUGUGCAUGGAGAGCUGGGAUUUCCUCGUUGACGUUGUCCGCUACGAACGCAUGGCGCCAAGCCCCAUCGCGAGAAACCCUGAGGACGAGCAGUUCAACUGCUUCUUGCACAUCCUGAACCACUACCUGCUUCCCACGUCACCCGACGAGAUCAACAUAUCCAGCGCAAUGCACAAACGCAUCGCGCCAUUCAGAACAAGGGAGGCCUUCAACAAGCUCGGUCUCGAGGAACGGGUCAGCAUCUUUAAGGAACCCUUCGACGAGAUCGUCCGAGUGCUUGAGCAAAACCUACUCAAUAAGUUCCAGAAGCUCAUAGCUUUGGACCGGGGUGCGUUUGUCUGUGACUCGUGGCUAGGGUGGCAUAUUCAAGCUAUACGUUAG